AUGAAACGGGGCAAGAAACCGGAAAAAAAGACAGUUGUUGAGAAGACGACAGAAAUUGACGUAAAACCCAACGGAACUGUAUCAAAGACUUCGGAAACCACGAUUGAUGUAGAUGAGGACGGUAAACAACGGGGUGAAAAAUCUGUGACCGAGAGUGAAACAGUGAAAACCGAAUCAAAACGAACAGAGCAAAGAAAAGAGAUUGUGCCCAGCAAUAUAACGAAUGAAGUUGUUGUGAAAGAGAAGGAAGAACUUCUACCUUCACAGGAUAGUACGAAAGUGACAUCUGUGGAGGAGAGGAAUGUUACAGAGAAGUAUGAUGGACUUCAUGAGGCAGAACGAACAGAGCAAAGAAAGGAGAUUCUGCCCAGCAAUAUAACGAAUGAUGUUGUUGUGAAAGAGAAAGAAGAACUUCUACCUUCACAGGAAAGCACGAAAGUGACAUCUGUGGAGGAGAGGAAUGUUACAGAGAAGGAUUAUGGACUUCAUGAGGCAGAACGAACAGAGCAAAGAAAUGAGAUUCUGCCCAGCAAUAUAAGGAAUGAAAUUGUUGUGAAAGAGAAAGAAGAACUUCUACCUUCACAGGAAAGCACGAAAGUGACAUCUGUGGAGAAGAAGAAUAUUACAGAGAAGAGUGAUGGAAAAGAUGUCGAGAAAGAAACUGUAAUUCAAAAAGAAGUCGAAAAGAAUGUGUGUAAUAGCGACAUCAAAGAGGCUCGUAACGAAAAACAUCUUAAUGAAACAAUUGAAGACUUGAAACACCAAGUUGAUGACGUGAAAAACAAGAUGAAGGAAGAAAAAGCAAAGGCUGAAGAAACAAAUACUACGCCUAUCACUCAGGACGGUAAAGUCGUUGAAAAGACAGUCCCUGCUGUGACGCCGGCGAAGGUUGUUAGAAAGGAUGUGCCCUCGGUGGGAGAAGGAAAAGACUCCGUUGUGACUCGAGCUGUUAAACCCGUUACCCUUUCGGUGGUAGCAGAAAAGGUCCCCGUUGUGACAAAUCAGACCGUUGCUGAAAAGAUUCCCUCUACGCUGACGGAAGAAAAACUCCCCGUUGUGACAAAGGAGAAGGUUGUUGAGCAGGCUGCCCCCUCGGUGGCACAGGAGAUCGUAAGUGUCUCUAAGGAGCAAGCAGAACUUCCUCUCGCGGCAGAGGAGAAGAAGGUUAUUGAAAAGAUUAUCCCCUCGGUGACAGAAGGAAAAGUUCCGGUAUUCCUUCAACAGGAGGUUGUUGAAAAAGUUGCCCCUUCGACGACAGAAGAAAAAGUUCCUGUUGUGACACAAGAAAGGGUUAUUGAGCAGAAUGUCCCACAAGAAAGGGUUACUGAACAGAAUGUUCCACAAGGAAGGGUUAUUGAAAGGGUUGCCCCACAAGAAAGGGCUAUUGAACAGGCUGCCCCUACGGCGACAGAAGGAAAAGUUCCUGUUGUGAUAAAAAAAAAGGUUACUGAACAGGCUGCCCCUUCGGUUACAGAAGAGAUUGUCACUGUUUCUAAAGAGAAAGAAGAAGCCCCUGUUGUAACAGAGGAAAAGGUUCCCGCUGUGAGAAAUGAGACAGUUAUUGAAAAGAUUACUCCUUCCGUAACAGAAGAAAGAGUUGUCAAUCAACGGAAGGUUGUUUCUUACGAAGAUGCUACAGAAAAUCAGGAAAAUCAAGUUACUGGAGAUGAAGAAACGGACAAAACUGAAUUGAAGUUUAUCAUCACCAUACAAGAGAGAAUAGUCCGUGAACAGACAGUCUCGAUCAUACCCGUGAUGGACAAGGACGCCAACACAAGAAGGAAUGGAAAAGUGGCGAAGAAACAACUGAAAAGAAUAAUGAAGAAGGUGGCCCGCGCCGUACGGGAAGAAUUAAGCAAGGAACACAAGACAGCGGGGGAGGGACAGUAGCAGGAGAAGCUGUAACCAGUGUGAGGGAACAGGCUGCCACUCUCCACCAAACCGACAGCCACCACCACCAAAAUGUCCCCUCAACACCCAGCUGCUUGCGAUGGGAUCCCUAAGAAAGUGUUCCAUAUUUUCUUGUCUUUUCUUAUCUAUCUAUCUUAC